UCGUAUUAAAACAACCUCGCCCCCUACUCCACCAAAACAAUCUCCGCCCAUGCCUGUACGCACGCCUACACCACCGCUGCCUGACUUCCUGAAGCAGUUCGUGCAGGAGGAGUGGUUCCACAGCAUGUACCCUGACCCUGGGUGUAUCCCCAAGUCCCUGAGCCUGGCUGAGUUCUGUGCUCAGCUGCUAGACUUCAUGAAGCGUUGUGGUGUGGAUCAGAAGCUGUGUGUCCUUAAAGCCAUCAUCACACUGUACACACACAACUCCCUCACCAACACACACACCGUCACACACAGCCUUCUGGACACACUGCACGUCUGCCUGCACAAGAACAUGUCAGAUAUGGAGCAACGGUUUGUGGUGGAGUUGCUGAAUUUCUUGGUUUGUAUGAAUCCUCACAGCUAUGACGUCACAGUGGAGGUUCUCGUCCUGCUGGCAGAUAAAGAGCUGCGAUUACAGUAA